AUGCAUACCAGCUACAUCAUUGCCCUGACCCUUUCCGCUGCCGGCCUCAUCAGCGCACACGGCAACGUUCAGGUUGUCACUGGCGACCAAGGUGGCAACGGCACCGCUCUCGGCAUCAAGGGUGCGGUCGUGGCCAGGUUCGGAAAGAACGCUGAGACCGAGAAGGAUACCACCGUCUUCGGCGGCAACGCCAAUGACCCCAUGAAGGAUGGUCUCGGCAAGACCACCGCCAACGGCAAGCUACAGGUGUCAGAUCUGGCAGACGCCAUGGCCCUGUCCGGCGACACUCUGCCUCAAGUGGCCGCCGACGGCACCGGCUCCAUCACGGGCACUUGGAGGAUCGUCACCAGCGAUGGCACCGCCAACGACAAGAACGGAAAUCUUUUCGCUGUGGUCGACGAGACCGGCACUGGUGCAUACUCCAAGGGCACACAGUUGACGGCCACUUCGGCCAUGGUCGGUAAUGGAAAGGGCAACGUGGUCCAGCGCAUGAUGGCAAGGGCCCUUCACACCAUUGGUAUCCAGAAGCGUGCUACCAAUGUCGGUGCUGAUGCAACAUUCUCCGUCAAGGUUCCUGCCGGUCUCACCUGCACUGGAACCGAUGCCGCCAGCGGCAUGAGCAAUUUCUGUCUGAUGAAGGUCGUCAACAACAACAACGCCGGCCCCUUCGGUGGCAACAUCGCUUUCCAAGUCGCAGGCGCCAACACUACCAAGGCUGCUACUUCCUCCAAGUCGGCCAAGAAUCAGCGGUCAUUUCAAGCAUAA